UGAGUGAUUUUGUGAAUGAUAAAACAUUGGAAGUGAAAGUAGCCAAUGGUGACAAGUUAUUAACUGCUGGACAAGGGACAGUUCAUGUACAAAUGAGAAAUGGUAAUGUAAAGACAAUUUCUAAUGUUUAUUUUGUACCAAACUUAACAGCAAACUUGUUAUCAGUUAGUGAAAUGGUUAGAAAAGGUUUUAAAGUGGUGUUUAGUACUAGCACUUGUCAAAUAUAUGAUGGUGAGGUAGUUGUGGCCUCUGCUACACUUUGUGAUGGUGUAUAUCAGCUAGAUGUUGUUGAAUCCACUCCCAUACGAUGCAGCUUAGUAGAAAAGUCUACUGAAACAGAGUCAGGUGUUACUUCAAGUAGUGAUGUUACUAAUACUACUGAAAAGGCUUUAGUUACACAGCAAUGUAGCACGGCUUCACAGGAAGUCUGGCAUCGUCGUCUGGGGCACCUUAACCAUAGAAGCAUGCAGCUUUUGAAUAAAGAAUUAUUUGAAGGCAAAUGGUAUCCGUCAUCAAACAACCAUACCCUUCUCCCCACAGCAGAAUGGCAUUGCAGAGCGGGCGAACAGGAGCAUACUCGAGAAAGCUCGCUGCAUGUUACAAGAUGCUGGCCUUGGAAAGAGAUAUUGGGCUGAAGCUGUAAACACGGCAGUCUAUCUGAAAAAUCGUUCA